AUGAGCAAUCUGAAGCUAGGAGUGGAGGUUGUGAGGGCUCACAAUCUUAUGCCGAAAGAUGGGCAGGGUUCAUCCAGCGCCUUUGUGGAACUCCAUUUUGAUGAUCAGAAAUUUCGCACCACUGUCAAAGAGAAGGAUCUUAACCCAUAUUGGAACGAAACUUUCUAUUUUAAUAUAUCUAAUCCCAAUAAUCUACUUAGUCUCUCGCUUGAAGCACGUGUCCAUAACAGUGAAAAGAAUUCUGAUUCCAAGUCAUCCCUCGGGAAGGUUCGGAUAACUGGUACAUCAUUUGUCCCCUAUUCCGAUGCUGUUGUUUUCAAUUAUCCUUUAGAGAAGGGAAGUAUUUUUUCACGUGCAAGAGGGGAGCUUGGCCUGAAAGUCUAUGUAACAGAUAGUCCAUCUAUUCAGUCUUCAAUCCCACAUCGUGGAGUGGAUUCUACUUCAUAUUCAAGUUUGCACUCAAUCGGCGGUGAAGCGCCUUCUCAGAAAGUUGCAAAUGUCGACUCAGACUUAGUAGAUGGUCGCAAAAAGGGGAAAACACGGACACUUCACAAUCUUCCCAACUCGAAUUACCAGCAACAACAGCAGCCGUCUUCUUCAACAUACAAUCAACCAAUAAAAUACGGGGUGGAUGAGAUGGCUUAUGGAGCACAAGUUCCACAAGCUGUCCACAUGUACCCAGGUUCAUCCUCACAGCCUGCUGAUUAUCUUCUUAAAGAAACAAGCCCCUACCUUGGAGGGGGACAAGUUGUUGGCGGACGAGUAAGACGUUCAGACAGGCCGUCCAGCACUUAUGACCUGGUUGAGCCAAUGCAGUUCCUCUUUGUACGAGUUGUCAAAGCACGUGACCUUCCUUCCAAGGAUCUUACAGGUAGUCUUGACCCUUAUGUUGAAGUUAAACUUGGUAACUAUAAAGGAGUCACAAAGCACUUCGAGAAAACACAAAACCCUGAGUGGAACACAGUGUUCACCUUUUCAAGGGAUAGAAUGCAGUCAUCCGUGUUGGAGGUUGUGGUUAAAGACAAGGAUAUGGUUAAAGAUGAUUUUGUAGGUACAGUUAGGUUUGAUCUUCAUGAGAUUCCCACUCGAGUUCCACCAGAUAGUCCAUUGGCUCCAGAAUGGUAUCGUCUAGAAGAUAGGAAUGGAGAGAAAAGAAAAGGGGAACUUAUGGUUGCUGUCUGGAUUGGCACACAAGCCGACGAGGCAUUUCCGGAUGCUUGGCAUUCAGAUGCGGCUAGCCCUGUUGAUAGUUCAGUGAAUUCAACAUACAUCCGCUCUAAAGUUUACCAUUCCCCAAGAUUGUGGUACGUACGAGUUAAUGUUAUUGAAGCACAAGAUUUAGUUGUGGCUGAGAAGACUCGCUUACCGAAUGUACAUGUUAAGGCACAGAUUGGUAACCAAGUUUUGAAGACGAAACCUGUUCCCACACAAACUAUGAAUGCACUAUGGAAUGAGGAUCUGAUGUUUGUUGCUGCUGAACCAUUCGAUGAUUUUUUAAUACUUUCAGUUGAAGAUCGUGUCGGUCCAAACAGAGAUGAGAUUCUUGGUAGAGUUGUUAUACCCCUGGCCACAGUUGAGAGACGUGCGGAUGAUCGAAUGGUCCACUCAAGAUGGUUUAAUCUCCAAAAAUCAAAUUCAACUGAGGUUGAGGAGCCGAAGAAAGAUAAGUUUGCUAGUAGGGUCCAUCUUCGUGUAAGCCUCGAUGGGGGGUAUCACGUGCUUGAUGAGUCUACUCACUACAGUAGUGAUCUCCGACCAACAGCAAAACAGCUUUGGAAGCCGCCGAUAGGUAUCUUGGAGCUAGGCAUUUUAAGUGCCGAUUCCAUUCACCCAAUGAAAACGAGAAAUGGUCGGGGAACAUCCGACACUUUUUGCGUCGCGAAAUACAGUCAGAAAUGGAUUCGUACUCGGACAAUUAUUGACAGCUUAAAUCCGAAGUACAAUGAGCAGUACACUUGGGAGGUGUUUGACCCAGCCACUGUUCUUACCAUAGGUGUUUUUGAUAACGGACAAAUUAGCGAAAAUGGUCUAAAUGGUAACAGAGACGUGAAAAUUGGGAAAGUUCGAAUCCGAAUCUCAACUCUUGAAACUGGCCGUGUUUAUACUCAUUCUUACCCCUUACUAGUCCUUCACCCUUCCGGUGUAAAGAAGAUGGGAGAGUUGCAUUUGGCAAUACGGUUUUCAUGCACAUCAAUGGUGAACAUGAUGUGUUUAUACUCGAGGCCGCUUUUGCCUAAGAUGCAUUAUGUCCGGCCAUUGACUAUGAUGCAGCUCGACAUGUUACGUCACCAAGCUGUCAGUGUAGUCGCAGCACGACUCAGUCGUGCAGAACCCCCUCUCAGAAAAGAAAUAGUCGAAUACAUGACUGAUGCUGAUUCACAUCUCUGGAGCAUGAGGCGCAGCAAGGCUAACUUCUUCAGGCUAAUGUCAGUUUUUAGCGGAUUACUAUCUGUCGGAAAAUGGUUUAAAGAAGUUUGUAUGUGGAGAAACCCCAUUACAUCGGUGCUGGUGCAUGUUCUCUUUAUUAUGUUAAUAUCUUUCCCUGAACUGAUUUUGCCUACAGUUUUUGUAUACAUGUUUUUAAUUGGACUCUGGAAUUAUCGAUUCCGUCCGAGGUAUCCUCCGCACAUGAACACGAGACUAUCCUAUGCCGACUCAGUACACCCUGACGAGCUUGACGAGGAAUUUGAUACAUUUCCCACCCGACAAAAUACAGAUCUUGUCCGAAUGAGGUAUGAUCGUUUACGCAGUGUGGCUGGUCGAAUUCAAACGGUGAUAGGCGAUAUCGCGUCCCAAGGGGAGCGAAUGCAGGCACUGCUGAGUUGGCGAGAUCCACGUGCCACGAUCAUAUUCAUGGCAUUCUGCGUACUUGCUGCCAUUGUGUUGUAUGUUACACCUUUCCAGUUGCUGAUUAUUCUCACUGGAUGUUAUGUGAUGAGGCAUCCCAGAUUCAGGCACAAGUUGCCGCCCACCCCACUCAAUUUCUUCCGUCGUCUGCCAGCAAGAACUGAUAGUAUGUUGUAA